AAUAAAGCGUGAACCUGUCUGUCCGGCUCGCACUUUAAGACUUCCCGAGCGGCCGAGGGGACGCCAGUCGAGUCAGGAGACGCCUACCUGCCGAUUCCCCGUCGCCCAGUGCACUUGGCUGCAAGGGCUCUGCUACCGAGGGACCGCGACACUCCGCGAAGUUGGAACGGGCGCGCGCCGUCCCAGCACUGUCUUCUAGCGGAACGUGGGGGCGCCUCGACGAUUCCCCCCCUGAAGUGUCCGCUUCCUGCGCCUCCGAGCCGGCCCGGGAAAGGUGGGACGACCCGGUUCUAGUUGCGGAAACGGACCGCGCCGGGCCAGGAGCGUUCGAAAAUGCCCCGCGCGUUCCUGGUGAAGAAGCCGUGCGUCUCCACGUGCAAGAGGAACUGGAGCGAGCUGCCAGAUGAGGAGCGCGGCGAGAUCUACGUGCCAGUCAGCCUGGGCUUCUGCCCACCACAGCCCUACCGGGAGCCAGAGCCAUCAGUGGCCGAACCCCCUUCCUGCCCCCUGGCUUUGGACAUGAGCCUUCGGGACUCCAGCUAUAGUACGGCCCCAGGAGCCUGCGUGGUGGCCCAGCUGCCCUCUGAAGAUGUGGGCCGCCUGACUGACCCCCAAAGCAGAGAUCAGGGCUUCCUACGCACCAAGAUGAAGGUGACCCUGGGGGACAGUCCUAGUGGAGACCUCUUUACCUGCCACAUCUGCCAGAAGGCCUUCACCUACCAGCGUAUGCUGAAUCGCCAUAUGAAAUGUCACAAUGAUGUUAAGAGGCACCUGUGCACAUACUGUGGGAAGGGUUUCAACGAUACCUUUGACCUCAAGAGACACGUCCGAACCCACACUGGUGUGAGACCCUACAAGUGCAGCCUAUGUGACAAGGCCUUCACCCAGCGCUGCUCCCUGGAGUCUCACCUCAAGAAGAUCCAUGGCGUGCAGCAGAAGUAUGCGUAUAAGGAGCGCCGGGCCAAGCUGUAUGUGUGCGAGGAGUGUGGCUGCACGUCUGAGAGCCAGGAGGGCCACAUCCUGCACCUGAAGGAGCACCACCCUGACAGCCCGCUGCUGCGCAAGACCUCCAAGAAGGUGGCUGUGGCCCUGCAGAACACUGUGACAUCCCUACUGCAGGGCAGUCCCCACCUCUGAGCAGCUC